AGUCCCGCUCGUCACCUGGCUGCCCUGGAAGACCUGGCUAAACAACAGUGCAGUGGCGAGUCCAGUCUUCAGAAUGCCCUCAUGCUGGCGGAAUCUCGGCUAAAGUAA